GAGAGGUCAUUCGCUACUUCGUCCCCUCCUCCCCUUCGUCUCUUACCCAAAAAUCUCCCGCAGCGCAAGAAAAAAAAAUCCCGUCUUUUUUCCGUCUCCGCCUUUCCGCUCGUCGCAUCCCCGCGGCUCGAUUCUCGCGAGGAUCUCCGGUGCCGCUUGUUGUCAUCUACCCUACCCUCGUCGAUUUCCGAUGUAGCCGUGAUCGAUUGGAGGUUUUUGGUUUUUGAAUCUCGGAUUUGACGGCUCAGAUGGAGCAAGGCAUUGGACCUGCUGCAUCGGCUCCAUCUGAUUUGCCCCCCAAGAAGCUCGUCCGGCAGCUUGAUUUCACGACGGCGUACGGUGGAGCUUCUCCUGCGAUGGCGGCAGCCGCGGCGGCGGUGUCGAAGGCCCUCGAGAAGCCGUCACAGCAACAGCAGCAACAGCAGUCGCUGCCGCCGCCGCCGCCGCCCAUCUCCCGCCCUCCCUUUCCGAUAGCCGUGAAACCGGAGUCUCCCAAAUUACGGUCACGGCCAUUAUAUGAAGGAAAAGAUGGUACCCCUACAAGAAAAAAGAACUGCAACUGCAAACACUCAAGAUGCUUGAAGCUGUACUGUGAGUGUUUUGCAUCUGGGGUGUACUGUGAUGGAUGCAAUUGUGCAAACUGUUGCAACAAUGUCGAGAAUGAAACUGCGAGGCAUGAGGCUGUUGAAGCUACUCUAGAGCGUAACCCCAACGCUUUUAGGCCUAAGAUUGGCAGUAGUCCACAUGCAGCCAGAGAUAGCAGGGAGGAGGCAGGUGACCUCCCUUUGUUGGGGAAACACAACAAAGGAUGCCACUGCAAGAAGUCAGGGUGCCUCAAGAAGUACUGUGAAUGCUUCCAAGCCAACAUUCUCUGUUCUGAAAAUUGCAAAUGUAUGGAUUGCAAGAACUAUGAAGGGAGUGAAGAGAGGAGAGCUCUAUUCCGUGGCGACCAUGGAAAUGCCCUGUACAUGCAGCAUGCUGCCAAUGCUGCCUUGAAUGGGGCUAUCGGACCCUCUGGAUUUAUCUCUCCUUCAACAUCAAAGAAGAGGAAAAGCCAGGAGCUUUUCUUCAACACAUCAGCAAAGGAUCAGCCCAUUCGUAGGCUUGGACAGGCUAGCCAUCUAAAGACUUCAGUGCCUGCUGCCUCUUUUCCUUCUGUUCCUGUAGCCCGUGCUGUUAAUCCUGCCCCAUCAGGAUCUUCUAAAGUCACUUACAGGUCUCUUCUAGCAGAUGUUGUCCACACUGAGGAUGCGAAGAAGCUGUGCAAGGUUUUGGUGGCAGUAUCAGGAGAGGCUGCCAAAACAUUUGCUGAUGGAAAAGCUCAGGAGAAGCUUGGGGAGAUGGAAGAUCCAACGGAAAGCUCACUUGCCUUAUCAAACGAUGACAGAGGUGAGCAUCAUCAGGAGCCAGAUGCACAGAAAGCAUCAGCUGAUGAAUGUUCAGGUGGAACUCAUGCAGAUAAAACAAGCAUGCAAGAAUCUGUAUCUGACUUUGCUGAUGGCCAGAAAGGGGUCAGGCCUAUGUCUCCUGGCACGCUAGCACUUAUGUGUGACGAGCAAGACACCUUGUUCAUGACAGCUCAAGACAAUGGCAUACCUCCUAGAUUUCCCUACAAGCAGAAUAUGUCAGAGGUCUAUGCAGAGCAAGAGAGAUGUGUGUUGAUGGAGUUCCGAGACUAUCUCCAUAACCUCGUAAACCGUGGAAGAAUGAAAGAAUCAAAGUACUCAUCGAUGGCCAUGAAAUCUGAACCUUCCAGUCAUCAGGAGUUGACUGUUAAUGGUGUUGAUAGAGCCCACUUGUCGAAUUCUGAAGAGACUUCUCAAACUGUGAGAGCCUUCCCGGCUAAUUCCAGUAAGUACCCUCCUGUUGCGCAACCCAUCCCAGGGAAUGAUGGAGACAUAAAGCCUCGGACCGAGAAUUUGGACAUGUAGAGAAAUAAGAAUAAAAAAUAUAGCAAUUUUCAAAGCAAAUUGCUGCAUCUUUGCAUAAUUUUCUGACAGUGUGGGAACGUUGGAAGGUUAUGCCGGAAGUCGAUCGAUGAUUUAGAAUUGAUCGAGCCCAUUGAGCUCUUUUUUUAUUUCCCUCUUUUCAAACUCAUUAAUCAAUGUAAUUUAUAAAUAGUUUAUUCACUUGGCUUUAGAGUUUGUGUGUG